CAUAUUAUUUUACAAUAAUACUUUAUAUGUAUUUGAUUAGGAAAUAACGAUUCCUAGAAGCUGGCAGCACAGAGUAAUGAUUACAAACUAAAAAAACAGUAUUUGUUUCAUAUUUUGGCUUAAAUUCAUGAUCAUUUUAUAUAAUUGAAAAACAUAGAAUAUGAAUUAAUAACUGUGGUUUGUGGUUAUGAAAGUAAGUAACAUAACUGUACCUUGUACAACUUCAAACUAUACAUACAGAUAAGAUUUACGCUGAUAUGGAUUUUGAUAGUGAUAUUAGAAUCCAAAUGCUCAGAAGAAAUUAAAUAUGGAUCAAAUUACUCAAGAAGGUGGAAUAGAUUCCAAGCAUGAAAAAUGUAUAGUCCAGACUGAAAAUGGAUGGAUUUGUGGAUACAUUGAUAAAAGAGAUGAAGGGACAUAUUACAAAUUCAAAAGUAUACCCUAUGCGGAACCGCCUGUUGGAAAUCUAAGGUUUAUGCAUCCCAAAUGUCUAAAGCCUUGGAAAAAUAUACUAGAUUGCACAAAAGAUGCACCAUUACCACUAUCACUCUUUAUUAAUCAAGAUGUGCUAGGUUCUGAAGAUUGUCUUUAUAUUGAAGUAUCCUCCCCAAACAUUAAACCUGACAAACCACUUCCUGUCAUGUUUUGGAUUGGAAGCUGCAACUUUGUUGUUUAUAUAGAUUCAAUUCUUGACCCAACUUAUUUAAAUAAUCAGGGAGUAGUUUUUGUAAGAUGUGGAUUUAGAUUGGGACCCUUUGGAUUUCUGUCAAUAAAUGAUUUUUCAGCACCAGGAAAUGUUGGAUUAAAGGAUCUUAUUUUAGCAUUUAAGUGGGUUCAAGCUAACAUAAGUAACUUUGGUGGUGAUCCAAACAAUGUAACCGCAUUCGGAAGUAGUACAGGAGGUGCAAUAGUACAUCUUAUGACAUUAUCUCCCUUGGCAAGUGGCCUGUUUCAGAAAGCCAUUGUUCAAAGUUCUAGUGCCCUUAAUGGUUGGUCUCUAGCGAAGAAUCCAGUUGAAAAUGCCAUGACCUUAGCAAAACAUAUGGGUAUAAAGAAAACAGACAAAUUUGAAGUUGUUGAAGAAUUAAGAAAGUUAUCAGGCUACGACAUUAUGAAAACCUAUAGCACAUUCCUUUUUGAUGAAUACCUAGUAGAGAAUGAUGUAUUUGAUUCACCAUUCAAGCCGUCUAUAGAAAAUGAAUUUGAAGGUCAACCAACAUUUAUGAGCAAAAGUCCAACUACAAUACUUAAUUCUGGUAAGUUUAAUAAAGUUCCAAUGAUGAUUGGUACCAACAAUGUGGAAGCUAAGGUGCUACAAUAUAUGAAAGACGAUUUUUAUAAGGAUUAUAAUAAAUACAAUGAGGAUGUAAAACAUCUGGUUCCUAAAUCAUUAGCAAAUGUAAAUAGUGACUGUCUGAGAAAAAUUGGUCAACAAAUAUUAUCAUUCUACUUUGUUGGGGUAGAAAAAGUUAAUGAACAAACCCAAAAACAAUACUUACAGUUUCUCACAGAUUACUAUUUUCAUUACUACUUGGACAAAACAAUACGAAUACAUAGCAAAGUUUCCCCUGAGUGCCCUAUCUACUACUAUGUUCUCAAUUACGCUGGGGAAUGGCUGGUGCCUAAAGAAUUAGAAUUUUUUAAUACUAUUGGACAUACUGCAGAGCUUCCAUUUUUAUUUGGAAUUAAAUCAUCAGAUGGCUCUUUUUAUAAGGGAAGUUGCGUUUCACUUACUACAAGGGAUAGAUGUGUCAAAAUGUGGACAAACUUUGCAAAAUAUGGAAAUCCUACUCCUACAGAUAACGAUGAACUUUUACAGAUCACAUGGGAUUCUGUAGAGAAUGAAAAAAGGCUAAAUUUCUUGAGUAUUAGCUCAGAUUUAACAAAAGGAAGAAAUCCAUUUUAUAAUCGUAUGUUAUUUUGGGAAAACAUACAUAAGGAACAUAUUAUUGUUAAAGUUAUCACACAUAUGAAUGACAUGGGGCUGAAGUUUUAGUAUAAAUAUAGAUUUGUUUUUUAUUUAUAGAAUUGUUACCAUUACAUUGUUUACAAUUA